AGAUAUAUCACAUUAUCGUACUUGCUUAUAGUGUAAACGGAUUCCUUAUUAAUGGCAGUAAUAUUAUUCUGGGUUACGUCGAUUUUGUUUUUCCGGUAUCGACGUCAUCAAACCGCGCCGGAAUAAACCCGGAUUGGUGUUUAUUCUCAUCACUGAAGUACUGAAGAAGGAUGUCUGGGAGCUUUUAUUUUGUCAUAGUUGGACACCAUGACAAUCCGGUGUUUGAAAUGGAGUUUCUGCCUCCAGGUAAAUCAGAAUCCAAGGACGACCACCGACACUUGAACCAGUUCAUCGCUCACGCAGCGCUCGACCUGGUGGAUGAAAACAUGUGGCUCUCCAACAACAUGUACCUGAAGACCGUGGAUAAGUUCAACGAGUGGCUUGUUUCCGCUUUUGUCACAGCUGGACAUAUGCGAUUCAUCAUGCUUCACGACGUAAGGCAAGAAGACGGAAUUAAGAACUUUUUUAAUGACGUGUAUGAUUUAUAUAUCAAGUUUGCAAUGAAUCCUUUUUACGAGCCAAACACUCCCAUCCGCUCCACGGCAUUUGACAGGAAAGUACAAUUCCUGGGAAAGAAGCAUCUCCUCAGCUGAGCCAGAGCUGCGGCUGGACAAGCAGGAAGCAGAUCCAGAGUCCUUAAGAAUCACUUCUAUUAUCUGCCUGUGUUCUUUAUAAUUCAUCAACACUGGUAUUUCAGCGUCGUGUAACUAAGUGAGAAACGUUUGAAUUUCAACGUUUCAAUGAAUCAGUUCAUCAGAUGAAUAUCUCUGCUUUGGUACAUGUAUAUAAAUUACAUUUAUUGAAACUGAUUUACACACAACAGGGGAAUUCCUGCUGUAUUUGUGUUUUUUUUUUGCACUUAGUUUAAUCAGGUUAAUUUCAUGUGUACUGUACCUUAUAAUUAAAUGUAGUAAUGGGCAAAACUUAUGACCAGGAAAAUUCUUACCUCCUGCUACCUUCACAAACUCUUCAGUUUAGUGUUAACCAUUAUUAUCCAGAGGUCAUUUUGACUAGAGUUGUGUGCAAUAACAGCUUAACCUUUAUUCUUUCUAUUUUUGUGGGACUUUCCACCCAUCGUGAUCUUGACAGAAUUCAUUGUAUGUAUUUUUUUGGAAACCCUGAACACAUUAUUUCCAUCUGAAUGACUUCUCUAUAUAAUCCCUCACAUUGGCAUUGGAAAUCUGUAUGAUUGGUCAUCUCAAUAAAUAAAGAAAACAAA